AUGGCCAGUACUCGUGAUUCUCACUCCUAUGCUUGUGACGAAUGCCGCCUGCGCAAGUCCAAGUGCUCCAAGGAGAAGCCAACUUGUGCGCAAUGCAGGCAGCUGAACAAGGACUGCAGAUAUAGCCCGAAAGUGACCCGGAGCCCUCUAACACGACAGCAUUUAACCUAUGUGGAGGACCGUCUACAAGCCUUUGAGACAGCUCUAGGUAGACUUUUCCCAGGAGGUGAUCUGGAUGCAACGGUUCGAUCACUCCUACACGAUCAUGAGGGUCCAAAACCAGCUCCCUCGUCUAAAUCUUCCUCUAGACAUUCAACUCCUGCCAAGACUGAAGCAGACAGGACGGAACCUGCUCCGGAGGCCUUACCCCAACAGGCUGAUGGAUUUGACUGGACUGAAAACAAAAUAACCGUCGGCGAUCUGACGGAUGGUAUGGCAGCUCUAUCCAUCAAGCCGGAGGGUACUGGUUAUUUCGGGGCAUCUUCAAGCGUUGUGCCGCUUCGGGCGCUAUUGAAACACGGAUUCGAUCUGAACUUUCCAUCAACAAAGUCAAAUACUCGCCCGGAAGGAAUACCCUUGAAGUCCCAGCUUCUGAACACUGCUCCAUCCGGCGUGGUGGAGCAAGCUUUCAUAGAUGCAUUCUUCUUGAAUUACCAUAGGAGUUAUCCCUUUGUGCAUGAAAGCACCUUUAGGGCUCAGUUCUACGAGCAAGUCCCUCGCCGACAUGGUCAAGCGUGGCAAAUCCUUUUGAACACCAUUUUAGCUCUGGGAGCCUGGAGUAUUGGAGAUGACAACUCAGAUUUGGACAUUACCUUCUACCAGGAAGCAAGAGGCCACUUGCAGCAAGUGUCUGUAUUUGAGACUGGCAACCUUACCCUUGUUCAAGCGUUGCUACUCUUGAGCAACUAUGCACAGAAGAGAAACAAGCCAAAUACUGGAUGGAACUUUUUGGGGUUGGCGGUUAGAAUGGCGAUGAGCCUUGGGCUACAUAAAGAGUUUCCAGGCUGGAAAAUUAGUCUCCUCCAGAAAGAGAUGAGGAGAAGAUUGUGGUGGGGAGUAUUUAUCUUUGACAGCGGUGCGGCGAAGACAUUCGGUCGACCUAUUCUACUGCCGGAGGAGAGUGUUAUGGAUGCAAAGCCUGUUCUCAAUAUCCAGGAUGAUGCCCUAACCGCGACGACGACGACACUACCGCCGGAGGUUAACGGUCCGACUAUUUAUUCCGGAAUGAUCGCCCAAGCCAGGUUUCACCUGCUCACGAACAGCGUCUACCAGCGCCUCAUCUCCACUCCAAGUCUUACCCCAGAAGAGACGCGAACUCUCCAGAAACCAUUAGAGGAAUGGUACAACGGUCUUCCCGAUUAUUUCAAACAGCCAACAUUCACAUCAGAGUCGGAUCCCUUUGCUCUGGUUCGAAACCGGCUUAUGUGGCGACACUGGAACCUAAGGAUCCUUCUGUAUAGGCCUAUCCUCCUCCGUUGGGCGUCGAGAAGAUGGACGCCCGGCUCAUCUUCCGAGCCGGAAGAUCCUCUUGAAGCCGAAUGCCGAAUGCUCUGUCUCCGAAAUGCUCGGUUGACCAUUUCUUCGAUCAGCGAUUUCAUGACAAACUAUAUUUGCACGCGGAUAGGAGCAUGGUAUAUGCUUUACUUUCUGUUUCAAGCUGGUGUCGUCCCUAUCAUCUUGCUCAUGACGGACCCUACUAGCACGGAUGCCCCCGCUUGGCUUCAGGACAUUGAAGCUACGAAGAACCUCUUAUUGCAUCCCUCACUGAGUAGCAAUCGGCUUGCCGCUCGUUGUCUGGAAGUCGUGAAUCGGCUUUGCUCGCCGGCGUACACGGGAACCACUGCUAAUAGGACAGCGGGACAACAUCCUAUUAUGAUGCCAUUUGCUGACCAGCUGUUCAAUGACCCCACCUUUGGUACUAUGUUCCCGGACGUUGAUCAAGAGCUGAACUUGGGUGGAAUGGAUUUCUCUGAAUGGGUCAAUUACGCGCCCCCGGCUGAGUUUUCUUGACUGCGGCGACAGUUACGACACGGCUACCACUAGGGUCGUAGUCAGCAUUCUGGGGAUAACUAGCUGUAUCGUAUACAAAAUUGGUCGACUUCUUCCUCGCUUAUUUUAGCGAUGUUUUCG